AUGGCAGAAGACCGUCGACAUAGAGGACAGCAACCAAGUCACGACCAAAACGACGAGUCUCAGUAUCCUCCAGUUCCCGGUGAGGAAGACGAUCGUACGAGAGUAAUUGCCUAUCAUUCCCGGCCACAAAUGGCGUCAGGAGCAGUAAGAUUGCCCUCUAUGCAAGAUCCCUAUCCCCAGCCUGCUGGUGCUAGAGGUUGGGACCCAAGAAGUAGUGGCUACGGACCUUCACCUAAUUCUACCAAUGGAUACCCUGCUCCGCUUGCCGCACCAGCGCCUUCAAGUACUGGCUACUCUCCGCCAACCGGUGGCAAUGCCUACCCUCCUCCGGCUAGCCAUCCGCCUUAUCUUCCUCCAGUCCACACCGCAGCUCCAGAUCCCAGAGCCAGCUAUCCGCCUCAAGAUCCCAGGGCACAAUAUUUCGCUAAUUACAGCUCACCGAAUCCUUACGAGUUCGCAUACCGGGGUGACCGUAGUGCCGUAGGGCAAUACCCCGAAUUCGCGAGAGGUGGACCCGUGGGAGCUGCUGUGAUGCAACAGUCUGCCCCUCGCCAGCGAACCUCCAUUGCCUGUAGAUACUGCAGAAGAAGGAAGAUUCGUUGCAGUGGAUAUCAGAACUCCCCAGGAGGAAAAUGCACGAACUGUAUCAAGAUGAACCAAGAAUGUGUUUUUCAACCGGUCUCGUCCUCUUCGUCCACCGCGUUUGUUCCUGUUUCAGCACUACCAAACGGUAUUCCGCCGGGAACUCAACUAUUUGGAGCAUAUGGUCAACCAUUAGCAGGUCCAUCAAGUCUUCCUUCGGGUGGUGCUUAUCCGACUACGAACCCGCAAUAUGACCAGCCACUACCAUCGCCUACUAACUCAUACGGUUCUUUUUCGGAGGAGAGGUCUGAUCCAGGAAGGCGGCGACCAAGACCUUCAGAUGAGGAGCACGGCGUACGACUACCACCACCGAGCGCGUUUCCGGACGAUAAUCCUCGGCGGCGGUCCCCUUCGUCCAGCGGCAGCCCAAGUCACUUACAACCAUUAUCACAACUACAACCCCAGCCCGUGUCGUAUACCGGGUACGAUAGCAGAACGCCACCGCCGAGAGGCAGCCCAUCCGGCCCUCCGGCAGCGCAUCAUAAUACGAGCUCUGUGAUGAGUCUGGAAAAUAUAAUGGGCACUGGUCCUAGCCCUAGUAACGAUAUCGAUCAGAAAAUGCUAGGGCGUCUGAAUCGGCGAACACAACAGUAA